GCUGGGGGUUCCUCGCUUCGCACCGCACCGCCUCGCCUCGCCUCGCCUCGCCUCACUUCGGUGCUGGGUCCAGGCAGCGGAGCAGCCAGCAUGGCGAGCGGGGCCGCCCCGCAGCCGCACGUCUGUCCCUGUCCGUCUGUCCCGCUGCGAGCCGCCGUGCAGAGCCGUCAGCGCUAGCCUCGGGCUGGGAAGAGCCCGGGCCGCCUUUCCUGCUCUGUGUUUUUUAACUAAUCUAUAAAUUUUAACUAAUCUAUAUAUCUUAACUAAUUAUAUAUUUUUAUAUAUAGUCUUGUUAAAAUCUUUGGCCUGGAUUUUUUUUUUCCCCACCCUUUUCGUAUAUCUGCAUUGAAUGAACUAAUAAAGAUGGAUAAGAAAUCGUUUGAGACCGUGCUGGAUGAAAUUAGAAAGGCUGUAUUGACUGAGUACAAAUUAAAAGCUAUUGAAUAUGUUCAUGGAUACUUCUCUAGUGAACAGGUCGUUGAGUUACUGAGAUACUUUUCCUGGGCUGAACCACAGCUCAAGGCAAUAAAGGCUUUACAACAUAAAAUAGUGGCAGUUCCUGCAUCAAAAAUGGUUAAUAUUCUCAACUGCUUCACAUUCAGUAAAGACAAACUUAUCGCCCUUGAAAUCUUAGCUUCCAACAUUGUUGAUGCUCAGAAUUACCGCCUUAUUGAAGAUCUGUUCAGAAUUAAUAUGUCAGAGAAGAAAAGGUGCAGAAGAAUUCUUGAGCAGGCUUCAAAAACAGGUUGUAAGGCUCCUCAUGCUAUGAUAUCAUCGUGUGGCAUGAUUCCUGGCAAUCCUUAUCCCAAGGGCAAACCAAGCCGUAUAAAUGGAAUUUUUCCAGGAACCCCUGUCAAAAAGGACACAGAAGAGUGUACUAAUGAAGGAAAGGGAAUAGCAGCCCGCAUACUUGGACCAUCCAAACCAGCUCCGUCAACCUACAAUCCUCACAAACCUGUUCCAUACCCCAUCCCACCAUGUCGGCCACAUGCAACUAUUGCACCAAGUGCUUACAACAAUGCUGGCUUAGUUCCAAUGGCUAAUGUCAUAGCUCCAGGCUUACCAGCUCCUCCACCAUACACUGCUAAUCAAGUGAUAGCAGAAAACGAGGACCUUUCCAGCCAGGCAAAACCUUCCCAAAAUCAAGCUUUUUCUGCACAAGCGAAUCAGCUCUUUACUCCUCAUGGUUCUAAUCCUUCAACACCUGCUGCUACUCCAGUCCCUACCCCAUCACCUGUCAAGGCAAUAAGCCAUCCAUUAGCACCUGCAACUCCACUCAUCUCUGGGAUGAACAUGUCUACCCCUGUCCUUCCUGUUUUCCCAGGACAGGUCUCCUCUUCCAUCCAUACAUCUCAGCCAUCCACCCCAACCCCGACUGUCAUCAAAUCCCUUUCAUUGCCUGGUGUUCCUGUCACAUCUGUUCACAGUGCUACCUCUACACCCAUCCCUGCAGUUUUCUCUGGGCUGGCUUCUAUACCCACUGCUACACCAGCUCCACAAGGUUCUUCCACACCAUGUGCCACGCCUGCACCUAAUGAAGCGUUUGCAUCUGCUACUGCACCAUUUGCUGGCCUCCCUUUUUCUGCAACCUCUUCAGUUGCUUCAGCUAACAAUCCCACUCCAUUGUCAUCAGUUUUUGCUGGUCUCCCUUUGUCCUUGCCACCCAAUGUCCAAGGGAUUUCUAGUCCUGUUCCCUCUACAGUUGCUAAUUCUCCUGCCACCACCAUUCCUGGUUCACUUAGCCUGCCUAACCCAAUUUUGUCUGUCUUAAAAGGAUUUCUGACAUCAAAUGACACUUCAUUAAUCAAUUCAUCUGCUUUACCUUCUGCUAUGACAAGUGAGCUUGCUUCUUUAUCUGCUCUAGCUAAUCAAAGCUCUGACCCUCCCACUUCCUCUGUCAACAAAUGUUAUACUCCAUCAGCCACCCCUACCCCACAGCGUUCCUCCACACCCGGGUUGGCCAUUUUUCCAGGUCUUCCAUCCCCAUCUGUGACCAAUUCUAGUUCCACUCCUCCAACAUUGCCUGCACAGUCACCUUUGACCACUUCACCAUCGAUUAUGCCAGUCAACUGUGGCUCAUCAGCCUCCCUCUUGCAUGGCACGAGCCCUACUAAUCCUGACCAGCAGCUCUCAUCAGCCCCAGCUACCACAAGUAUUCCACAAGUUCUAGUCAAAACAGAACCCAUGAGUCCUACCCUCUCAGCCUUCAAAGGUCCUUCUCACUCAGCUGGCCCUUCUCAUGGCACUAUAGGACUGUCAGCGCUUGGGCGUGCGUACACCUCAGCAGCUUCAGUGCCAGUCAGUUUACCCAGUUCCCUGAAUCCAGCGCUGUCAGGUCUCUCCUCCUUGAGUGCUCCUCUAAACAACUCCAGUUCUCUGGCUUCCAUUUCCCUCGCCCCCCAUGGCUCCACUGCUCCCAUUGCCCCGGUAUUUAAUGGACUUCCUCCUUUCACGUCUCUAACCAGUAACUUUGCUUUUACUGGUAAUCCAGCACUUACGCCACCCGUCACUCUCCCAGGGUCUUUGUUAGCUACUCCGUCUACAACUGCUUCAGCUGUGUCUGCCCCUCAUGUGAGUUCCACAGCCGCCGUACUCUCAGGACUCGCCGCCUCAGCAACAGUCUCCGCUCCACCCUUUUCGCUUAACUUGUCCAGUGCUGUCCCUUCCCUUUUUUCUGUUGCCCAGGGACCUCUGGGAUCAUCAAACCCAUCCUUCCCUGGUUUUCCUGUCUCUAACACACCCUCUGUCACUCCUGCUCUCCCUUCUUUCCCUGGCCUCCAGGCAUCUUCUGCAGUAGCAGCAGUUGCACCAUUGCCGGCAGCUGCCACAGCCCCAUCUCCGGCUCCGGUCCUGCCAGGGUUUGCCUCGGCCUUUAGCUCAAACUUCAACUCUGCACUUGUUGCACAGGCUGGUUUGGCUUCUGGACUACAGACACCGGGAAAUGCAGUUUUUCCUGGUCUUUUAUCUCUCCCUGGUAUCCCUGGCUUUCCCCAAAGUGCCACACAAUCUUCCUUACAGGAAUUGCAGCAUAGUGCGGCUGCACAGUCGGCACUGCUACAGGCACACUCUGCUUCUGCUCUGGAGAACUAUACAGCUCAGCCUGAAGGUUUUGCUAACUAUCCAUCAACACCAGGAACACCAUUUUCACUGCAGACAAGUCUGCCCCAGAGUGGAUGGCAAUAAAUACCAGACAUUUUUAAAGACUGCAGUGGUUGCUUGACAGAGCCUGAUCCUAUUCACUUUGAAGGCUGACUCCACUUUAGUGGGAGCACUCUGCUUGAGUGAGAUUGUGGUCUGAAUUGGGGAAAGAGGGGGAAAUGUGAGGAUAAAAUGAUUCCAGGCAACUGUGUCAGAUGUCAAACCUAAUUUGUGAUUGCAUUUAACUGAUUCAGGGUCUGAUCCUGUGAAUUGCUGAGCAUCCCUGACUCUACUUGUGUCUUAUGAAUUGAAUGUUUGGUUUCUUACAGGAUCAAGAACGUUCAAACAGGCAUUUGUGUAAAUAGAGCAAUUGGCUAUCAAACUGAAUGGGGAGAACAAGUAUACAUAAUAGUGUGUAUAAGCACCUAUUCUUCUGUUACGUUUUGUAUGGUAUAUGUGGUUAAUAUAGAAUGAGAUCUAGACUGAAAUUAGAUACUUAAAGCUGUAGACGAUCUUUAGUCUAGCUGCACACCUCUUGUGUGUGCAUAGAUCAAGAUCAGUGUAUGGUUCUUCAGAUCUUUUGUUUGUAUGUGUGAGGAUCUCCUGUUAGCAUCAGUAGUAUGUUAAGGGGAGACUAGAUCAGAGGGGUUUGGGGGUAUUCUUACGCUUUGAGAUAUUGUCAUGGGCUUGCUGCUGAAUUGAGUACUCUGUCAGAAUCUGAGCAGGAGAACUAGGAGAUAGUGCUGUAUUGUAUUUGGAUAGAAGUGGAUUACGUUUUACUGGAGUAUGGUUUAGCUAGCUGGAAAUAUGUCUUUCCAAAGUCCAUAAAAAGCCUUUUAAUUUGCAUCUAAAAAAAUGUUCUGUAACAUUUUCCCUGCCCCCACACCUCUCUGUGAAUGAAAUAAUUGUACUGCGGAUAGGCUGCCUAUCCGGCACUUUUGACUGCAGACUUUUGUGAAUGUUUACAGACAUGUGUCAAGUUCUUCUCUCCCUUAUAUUCACAAACCCACUGGUUCUCUCUUAGCUUUUUUGCUAUAAACCACAACUUGACGGUGCUUACGAGUUAUCCUGUGAAUGUAAGUGGGAGCAGAAUUUGGACCAUGGGAUUUUUAGUAUUUUUCCUUGGAAAAUGUACGUGAUUUUAAAGGCAUAUAGCUAAAUUAACUGUAUUGGUUAGGAAGGGUUAUGAUGCAGUAUAUAGAAAGGUCUUGCUUUGUUAGUGAAAUUCAGUUGUGCACUCUUUUAAUAAUGCUAGUACCUGUGGCAAUGUGUAACACAUCAUUGAAUAUCAUCUAUGUAAGGUAAACUCUUGAUCAUGUUUUAGAGAUAAUAGAGAAGAAUGAUAUUCAAUCCUGUGGUUAAAUUAAAACGUAGAGGAUACUAUAAUGUAGAAAAGCUCUGCACCUAGAGUUUUACUUUUUUAAAGAUGAAUUCUGCUGGGAGAUGUUGCUAAUGUAUUUUCUUUCAAGAUGUGAACAAACUUUUUUAGAACAUUAAUGGAAAUUCCUGUACUGGUUUUUAACACAAUUUUUUAAAAUAAAAAGUUUACAGUCAUGGCAAAAAGGCUUUGCUGACUAUUUACCUAUUUGCUUAAAAUAUAGAUGAAUAAAUUUGUUUUUGCUAAGACACUUCCUCAUGUUUGAUCUUACUUAUGCUGUUUUUUAUGAUGGAAAAUUAUAUACUGAAUUAUAAAAAUAGGUUUCCUAAAAAGUGGUAACAGAAAUACCCUCUGAAGUGUUUAGAUAGAAAACUUUAAUAGUGUCCUAUGUACUUUGUCAGCAAUUGAGGUAGUCUUGCAUUUUUAUAAUCAAAAUAACAUAUUACUUUAAACUUAAAAUAUGUUGCAUUUUCGCAAUUUUUUACUUCAUGAAAGCUGUUGAUUUCUAAUGAUUCUCCACUUUGAACUGCUUUUAAAGUUAGUGUAAUGAUUCUCCACUUUGAACUGCUUUUAAAGUUAGUGCCUUACCUCUUGACUCAAGAAAUCUGUAGAAAAAAUUUCUACCAUAUUUCAGUACUUUUGUCUUCAUUCCUUUUACAAGCUGUUCUUUGUAGAUUUGUAGGUCAAUUGGAGAAGGAGAAAAUAAAAAUAUUAGUAUUCAUUUUGUAACCUUACCAAAGUACGGAGUUUGAUCGCUGAUUUGAGUCCUAGUUUCCCAACCAAGCAAUCAAAAAAACUUAAACUAACUCACUUUACCUUGUUCUCUAAAACAAGUACCAAACAUCAGCUGUUAUGCCCUGCUUUAUCAAAUGUAAGCAGUUUGUUUGUCUGUUUCUGAAAACAUGUAUUGAAUGGUCAUGGGUUGUGUGUUUGUGGUGGAUUUUUUUCUGUCUGAACCUUAGACAUCUCAAAGAUACCUAAGAGACGGUGAAGCCUUGUUUCUCCAAAUGAAAUCAGGUGAGAAGUAGUAAAUAUCCACUGUAUUAAAUGUUCUCCCAAAACAAUGUACUUCGUAAGCAGUGCCUACUUGCUGGGAAAUGUCCUUUACCAAGAAAAGACAAUUUCAUGCACAGCUGGUGUCAUGAUAGAGAGGAGCUUGUCAUCAGUGUCAGACGUGAAUAAAUUGGUUAAGAAGCAUUAAACUAUUUGACAGUGUUUUCUCUAGAACAGGCUCUCUGUUUCUUACUGAAUCAUGUUGAACAGGAUAUUGUAAAUUGAACUGUCAAGUGGUUAGGAUUAAGGUAAGUUUCAAUUUCUUAAAAGU